GCAUGUCAGAGAGUGAGACUGAGAGUGCUCUGCUUUCUCUCUCAGCUUUUGCCUUUCUCCUUUCCCCAUCCCAUCUUUCCCCUUCACCCGACCCCCCAAAUUCUUUUCCUUGGAGCUCGGUAAGCAGCCCGCCGGCGACAAUGGAGGUCCGCUUCCUCCUCCUCCUGCUGCUGCCCGCUUGCUCCCUCCUCUUCCUUCACCUCCACUCAGCCUCAGCUGUACAUGCGAAAUCUUGGAAGGGCGGUUGGGGAAACUAUCUUUGAUUGCAGGCUUAUUGGAAUUAAUUCUAUCAAGCGAGUGUAGGUGGUCAGUCUCCAGCUCUGAUGUCAUGUCUAACAACAGCUUCAAACUCAGAGAAGUAGGGGCUUUACUGGUGGAAGUAUCUGUGUGCUUACACAUAGGACCGAUCUGCACUUUGGGUGGCUUUGGUUGGGUUGGUUGUUCAGUGAUGUGAAUGGGGAGGAAUGUUGAGACAUUCCACCAACAGCUAGCUAGCCGGGCUUUUUUUAUAAAUAUAUAUAAUUGCUGCAUUGAAUUGUUGGUCCUCAGUUUGAUCAGAGUGUCACACCUACUUUCCCACUAUCCAGCAGCAUGAUCUUGGCAUCUAUAAGUUGCAGCACUUCUCCACUGUCCUGCUAACGGAGUAUUUCCUUUGGGUCUGCUUGACUCUUGCAUCCUGCAAAGCAAGUCAACAAAUAAGAGCUCAGCUGUGCUGUACUGAUUCCAGAGUCCACAUGCUGCAUGCUUGCUGUUGCCAACCACCCAGGCAGCACCUUCCUUUCUGACACUUAGUAUUCAGCUCAGAUGCAACAAAGCAAUCAAGACUAGACCACUGGUUAGUUAGGCUGCUCCUUGGAUUCACACAGACAAUGAAGCAGCAGGUGUUGAGCAGCGGCCAUGGCGGCGGCAGGGUCUCCUCGCCAGCUUUGGUGGCCGCCGUGCGAACCAGGGCUCCAAGAGCAGCAGCCAUCAAGGAAGGUUCUUCUCCUCCAGCUCCGGCGCCUGCCACUCCUCCUCGAGCAAGGAGGCUCGUGAGGGUGAGCAACAACAGGGAGGAGAGGGUGGUGAAUGGUGCAGCUGCAAAGCCAAGAAGGCACAAGGAGGAUGCCGAGGAGGAGAUGCGCCGCCUGCGUGGGGAGGUGGAGGCCCUGAGGAAGGAGGUGGAGAGGCUGCAGCAGCUCAACAGCGAGCUGGAGUGCCACAAAAGCGGCCUCACACACCAGCUCUCUCUUGCCUGUUGCACCAUCACCAGACUCCAGGAGCAGCAUGACAUCCAUACCGUCGUGUCUCAGCGAAGCAACCAGAAGGACAGUGCCAUGAGCAAACCACAGGCUCCGCCGAAGCCCCCCUCGCCACCACCGCCGCCGCCGCUGCCACCUGGUAAAAUUUCCGGAAGAGCUCCAGCACCACCGCCUCCACCGCCACAACGUGGUACAAUAAGCACGGUGAACAAUGCAACCGCAUUGGUUGAGAUGUACAACUCCCUGAACAAGCGUGACACCAAGAAAGCUGCCUCUGUCAGCACUGCUCAUCACAACAGCAUCGUUGGAGAGCUACAGAACCGCUCCACGCACUUAUUGGCGAUCAAAACGGACGUCGAAACAAAAGGAGAGUUCAUCAAUGGUCUCAUCAACAAAGUCCACACUACUACUUAUACCGAUGUGGAGCAAGUGCUGACCUUUGUUGAUUGGCUUGAUCAACAACUUUCAACUCUGUCUGAUGAGACAGGCGUCUUGAAACACUUUAGCUGGCCAGAGAGGAAAGCCGACACACUCCGGGAAGCUGCGUUUGAAUACCGGGAUCUCAAGUGUGUCGUAACAGAGAUCUCUUCAUUGAACACCGAUGAUGGCAGCCCUACUUCGUGUGAGGCUACUCUGAGGAAGAUAUCAAGCUUGCUAGACAAGUUGGAGAAGAGCAUGAAGAGACUGGUGAACCUGAGGAACUCGGCGAUGCCGUGCUAUAAAGGAUUUCAAAUCCCGACUGAAUGGAUGCUUGAUUCAGGGAUUGCUUCAAAGAUGAGGGUGGCAUCGGUGAAGCUUGCAAAGGUGUACAUGAAGAGAGCCCUCAAGGAAAUAAUGGCGGAUACAGGAGGAGGGAACGAGGCUGGUCUUGUUGCUCAGAGCGUGCGGUUCACAUAUAGGGUUCAUCAGUUUGCGGGAGGGCUCGACAGCGAAGCGAUGCGCGCCUUUGAAGAGCUGACGCAGCGGUCUCGGUUGACCGCUGCUUAGCUAGAUGGAAUGAAAUGAAGUGAAAUGGUUGCCGGAGAAUGAGAUGAAAUGAAAUGGUAGCUUAUCAGAGUACAAAUUAGUGUCAGUGAUUAUUAUUUUUGGAUAUGUACAUUUAAUGUAGUUUUUAUUUCAGUUAAUAAAUAAAUGUAAUUGGUGCCCUGCCAAUCAUGGUGACUAGGAUGAAGAGGCACAUAUUAAUUAUUCCAUUUGUAUCUUAACUCUACGGAGUAUACUCGAAAAAGCUAGGAAAAGUCCAUUGCAUUUCACUUCA